UUAUGACGUAACCGGUGGCGUUGGCGCAUUUGGUACUCGAGUUUCGAGUACGAGCCACUUUCCAACCUCACUGGGAUUGCAAUAGUUGUGCCGGUUCGCGAUAGAACGGCGAACGACGUACACUCGUAGCUCACAACUUUCUGACUAGAUUUUGUAUAAAACAAUCAUAUUCAUUAAAGUUACAACAAUGUUUGCGACAAGACGUGGUUUAUUAUCCAGUACUAUCAAAGAUGCAUUUACAAGAUCGAAACAUACACUUCCUGAAUUACCCUACGAUUACAAGGCUUUAGAGCCGAUCAUAUGUGCAGAAAUCAUGCAACUUCAUCAUUCAAAACAUCAUGCAACUUAUGUAAAUAAUUUGAAUGUUGCCGAGGAGAAGAUGAAGGAAGCUGCAGCCAAAGGUGAUGUCAAUACUCAAAUUGCACUGGGUCCGGCAAUGAAAUUUAACGGAGGCGGUCAUCUGAAUCAUUCGAUUUUCUGGUGUAAUCUGUCACCGAAUGGUGGUAAACCAGAUGCUACACUCGUUAAACAGAUUGAAAAAGAUUUUGGAAGCCUGGAAGAGAUGAAAAAGCGCCUAUCUGAAAGCACCGUCGCAGUACAGGGAUCUGGUUGGGGUUGGCUCGGGUAUUGUAAACAGGCGAAAUCAUUAAAGAUAGCUACAUGCAGUAAUCAGGAUCCCUUGCAAGCUACAACUGGACUGGUACCACUUUUGGGCAUUGAUGUUUGGGAACAUGCUUACUAUUUGCAAUAUAAAAAUGUUCGACCCGAUUACGUUAAGGCAAUCUUCGACAUUGUUAAUUGGAAUGAUGUUAGUGGUCGUUUCAAGAGUGCCGCUGGAUGCUAAAAUUAAUGGUUACGAUUAGUCAUCGCGUCGAAGAGUACGUUAUCAUUGAAAUUGAUAACUUAGUACGAAUUAUUUGUAAGAUAAAUAAUUUCGUAUUAUUUUUUGUUUUAAUUGUCUUAUAAAGGCAUUCGCAAUUUUGUAUACACAUAUUUCAUAUGUAUUGUACUCGUCAUAUG